AUGGGUUCUAUCGUUCUACCUCACUUGCAAACAGCCUGGCAUGUUGACCAGGCUAUCCUCUCCGAGGAAGAACGCCUAGUGGUGAUCCGGUUCGGGCGAGACCACGAUCCUGACUGUAUCCGCCAAGAUGAAGUCCUCUACAAGAUUGCCGAGCGGGUAAAGAACUUCGCCGUGAUCUAUCUUUGCGACGUCGACCAGGUCCCCGACUUCAACCAGAUGUACGAGCUAUACGACCGGAUGACGAUCAUGUUCUUCUACCGCAAUAAGCACAUGAUGUGUGAUUUCGGUACGGGAAACAACAACAAGUUGAACUGGGUGCUGGAAGACAAGCAAGAGUUGAUCGACAUCAUCGAGACGAUAUACAAGGGCGCAAAGAAGGGUCGUGGUCUAGUCAUUAUUCGACCAGAUACCGAUACUGAGCCCGGUCUCCCUUGGCGCGUGAUCGCCCUGGCACCUGUCAGUGCCUCCUUACGACCUUUAUGA